AGCGAGAGAGGCACCCUUCGCUGAGCCUCGCCUCGCCUCGUCUCCGCCAUCAACCGCGCAAGGCUCUGUCAUCCCCGCCUUGUCACCCCCACCAGGUUUCCCCCGCCCUCUCCGAGCUGGCGCUGGUCGCGACUGUGCACGCAGAGCUUGAGCAGGCGCCGGCGGGAAGGGGAAGUGGCGGGGUAGGACCAGAUUAUGGGCAGCAGUCCUUUAAAUUAAUUUGUCAUUAUCAUGGCUAAUGAGGGCUGUCCCAAGUCUGGUGAUAGUUCUUUUUCAUCAGACAAACAUGCCCAACUCAUCUUGGCCCAGAUCAAUAAAAUGAGGAAUGGACAGCAUUUCUGUGAUGUGCAACUACAAGUUGGGAAAGAAACUUUUAAAGUUCAUCGGCUGGUUCUGGCUGCCAGUAGUCCUUACUUUGCCGCUUUGUUCACUGGAGGAAUGAAAGAGUCCUCAAAAGAUGACGUACAGAUUCUAGGAAUUGAAGCUGGAAUAUUUCGAAUACUUCUAGAUUUCAUUUACACAGGCAUAGUGAACAUAAGUGUGAAUAAUGUCCAGGAGUUGAUUGUUGCAGCAGACAUGCUACAAUUGACUGAAGUUGUUCAUCUUUGCUGUGAAUUUCUGAAAGGACAAAUUGAUCCACUGAACUGCAUUGGGAUCUUUCAGUUCUCUGAGCAAAUUGCCUGCCAUGAUCUUUUGGAAUUCACGGAAAACUACAUUCAUGUCCAUUUCUUAGAUGUUCAGAGUGGGGAAGAGUUCCUGGCACUUACAAAAGAUCAACUGAUCAAAAUUUUGAGAAGUGAAGAGCUUACCAUUGAGGAUGAAUACCAAGUGUUCUUAGCCGCAAUGCAAUGGAUUCUCAAAGAUCUGGGAAAGAGAAAAAAAUAUGUGGUGGAAGUGCUAGACCCAAUUCGAUUCCCUUUGUUACCUCCUCAGAGGCUUUUGAAGUAUAUAGAAGGAGUAUCUGAUUUCAAUCUUCGUGUUGCAUUGCAAACACUUUUGAAAGAGUACUGUGAAGUGUGCAGAUCUCCCAAAGAGAACAAGUUUUGUAGUUUUCUGCAAACAUCUAAGGUUCGACCUCGGAAGAAAGCAAGGAAGUACCUGUAUGCAGUAGGUGGAUAUACUCGGUUGCAGGGGGGUCGUUGGAGUGACAGCAGAGCCCUCAGCUGUGUAGAACGUUUUGACACCUUUAGCCAAUACUGGACCACUGUGUCUUCGCUUCAUCAGGCCCGAUGUGGGCUGGGAGUAGCAGUUCUGGGAGGGAUGGUCUACGCUAUUGGAGGUGAAAAAGAUUCAAUGAUUUUUGACUGUACCGAAUGCUAUGAUCCAGUUACUAAACAGUGGACAACUGUAGCUUCCAUGAAUCACCCCCGCUGUGGUUUGGGAGUGUGUGUGUGUAAUGGGGCUAUCUAUGCUUUGGGUGGAUGGGUUGGAGCUGAGAUAGGGAACACCAUUGAACGAUUUGAUCCUGAUGAAAAUAAAUGGGAAGUAGUUGGCAACAUGGCUUUGUCACGCUACUACUUUGGCUGUUGUGAAAUGCAGGGUUUAAUUUAUGUAAUCGGGGGCAUCAGCAAUGAAGGAAUAGAGCUUCGUUCUUUUGAAGUUUAUGAUCCACUUUCCAAGCGUUGGUCUCCACUUCCUCCAAUGGGAACCCGGAGAGCAUAUCUUGGGGUGGCUGCACUCAAUGACUGCAUCUAUUCUAUCGGAGGGUGGAAUGAGACACAGGAUGCUCUUCACACUGUAGAAAAAUAUUCCUUUGAAGAGGAAAAAUGGGUUGAAGUUGCCUCAAUGAAAGUGCCUAGAGCAGGCAUGUGUGUUGUGGCAGUCAAUGGGCUUCUGUACGUUUCUGGAGGUCGAUCUUCCAGCCAUGAUUUCUUGGCCCCAGGUACUUUGGACUCAGUUGAAGUUUAUAACCCUCAUUCAGAUACCUGGACAGAAAUUGGUAACAUGAUCACCAGUCGUUGUGAAGGAGGUGUUGCUGUACUAUGAAAUAUAAACUGUAAGAGAACACAAGAAACAUUUUGAAAAUAUAAGAUCUGAAGUUUUGCAAAUCACACACAUAUUUGGUCAUAGGACCUUUUGAUUCUGUUGAGUUUUUCAUGUAUUUGAUAAAUUACUAAAGGAUUUUUCUAAGAAUUUGAGUGAGAAGGGAUAUGGAAUAUAUCCUAAAUUAAUAAAAAGUUCACAAAAAUUUUCCAAGCUUACUAAUAGAAAUGCUAUUUAUGCCCUUGAAUUGUCCAGUUAGGAAUAGAGUCCUGUUUGUAAAAAUGAUUUGCUAGAAACUUCUUGGCAAAUAGCCCCUUUAGUGACUUCUCCAGUGCAAUUCAAGCUGUAACAUGACUCUAAUGUGAUGUAAGAGUAACAGUGAAACAGUUUAAAGAUGUUUAUACAUUCAUGAUUCAAUCCAGAGCACAAUUUUCCAUGACCAUAGUUUAACCUACAGCAAAAAGCCAGUAAACUAUUUCCUGCUUUUGUUUGAUGCUACGAGUUUCACUAGUCCUAAAUUUUUUAUUGAUAACAGAUAUAUUGAGAGGUACAUGUGGGAAAUCUCUAACUAUAUAGAUAUUUAUUUAUAUAUGUUUUGACCUGUUGAUAACAGCAUAAAAAAAGCUUUUGCUCACUUAGUUUUUUGUCUUGAUGCUGAGGAUGCAAGUGGGCAAUUAAGUGGAGGUUCUUAGUGAUAGUCCUUUAUUGCAACAGGGUGAUAGAGCCAGUAGAGGGUAUGCACCUAAUAAAUUUCUUCCCCGUUUUCUAAGUAGUCACCAAAAAUAUCUUUUUGGCUUUGGGAAGAUGGAAUUUUAUUAGAUCAUCAAGCUUUGUGAAGCUUACUUACACUUGGACAAGCUUAAGUAUGAGCUUACUACAAAGCUACUGCCUGGCUUGGAGAAGAUGGAACUGUAGAUGCCUGUGAAAAUUCUUAGACACUGAUUCAUAAGAUGAAAGUCUUCUGAUCCAAAACUGCAUCUCAAAACUUCUCAUUUCCCCCCCAUAAGAAGCAUUUAAAAAAACUGUUCUAUCUAGUUCUGAGCAGAAAAUUCAUGUGCAUGAUCAUCACUUUUAAGUUAUUUCUACUAGUCAGUUGGAGCCAUUUGUGUUAAAGAUUGCAUACAUUUAGAUUUACUUAGCUGAUUCCAGGAUUUGAUUAGUAUAUUCCUGAUUCCCCCUUUUCUUUAAUAAAGUCCUUGAGAAUAUUGUUAGAAGCAUCAACAGCUUAUUUAGAUAGAAAGCUCUUGGUAAGCAUCGAAGACUCAGCUUUCGUAUCAAACAUAUUUAGAUUGCCCCACAAAGAUACUUUUCUUCAUAACUUAACCAUAAGCUUGUAUUAGGAAAAGCUUAUGUAAUGCAGACAGAAAGUUCUGAAAGUCUUAAGAGUCAAGAUAACUGGUUGGGAUCUGUAAAAUGUCAAGGAAUGAAGUGUCAAGAUAAUUGAUAGACUAUUUAAGCUUAUAUGCCUUUAAUGUUCCUAGUUACAGAGAAUCUGCAUUCUGAUUCAAAAGACAUUUACAAAAUGCUCCUAUAAUUUAAUUCUCAUUAUUAGCUGGCAUCCUAAAAUGGCAGCAUGAAGAGAGGCAUUAUGUGCUGCUGUGGCAGAAAUGUAAUGUCAAGACAAUCAGUGUUUGGGCUUUAUCGGUCCAGAUAAUCCCAGAAGAAGAUAAUUGUAUAUAUGCUGAUUCCUAGGUGAUGACAAAUUGCUUUAAAAACAA